AAGGCAGGUCUUUAUAAGGUUUGAUAGAAUUAUAUCUUUUGUUUAUAACAGAAUUUUGAUUAUAGUAGAAUAUAAAGGUAUAACAGAAUUUUGAGUAUAGCAGGAAGGGAUUUUGGAGUAGAGACUGCAGAAGAAUAACAAUCAAAAUUAGACAAAGAUUACCCAUGUCUCCUUGACAAGUUCACGGGUAGAGAGGGCAUUUAACCCUUGAGGUACAGCAACCAUGCCUAUCGUCCAGCAAUCCUGCAAUCCGGCCCGACUCCGACGUAGAAACAUACCCAAGACUGCGGCAAGGAAAAUACGCGAGCAAGCCUGUCUCCCCUCCCCCGCUCCGUUCCCGCGGGAUUGGAGUAGCGCUGGGUCGCUGACGCCAUCCUCACGCCUCUGGUUUGCAUGGAGCAUGCGCCUCCUCCUCAUUUCCUCUCCUGGAGCUAGUGGAGUAAAGCUACGCCCAGGCCCGCGUCCGCUGGCGGCGCAGGAACUUCAGCACCCGCGGGGCGGACAGCGCCUACCGCACCUGCUCACCUGCUCUGGGCGCCAGAAGAGCCUGCAUCCUCCUUCCAGCCCGGAGCAACUGCGCCGGAGGCGCCCAGACCCUCUCCCUUCCCGCACCCAGGCUCCUGUCCCUUCCAGCUUCUUAACUCCCCUUCUCAUUCAUAACAAAAGCUACAGCUCAGGGGCCCAGCGCCAAGCUCUUUCCAGCAAAGCACAGAAGAGCAAGAAAGAAUGGGGUUCCUUUGGACCGGCUCUUGGAUACUGGUGUUGGUGCUCAACAGCGGCCCAAUUCAAGCUUUCCCCAAACCCGAAGGCAGCCAAGAAAGCAAGCCGAGUGAAAGCAAUUAUUCUUCUGUCGAUAACUUGAAUCUGCUGAGGGCAAUAACAGAAAAGGAAACCGUUGAGAAAGAGAGACAAUCCAUAAGAAGCCCCCCGUUUGAUAACCAACUGAACGUGGAAGACGCUGAUUCAACCAAAAAUCGGAAACUGAUCGAUGAGUACGAUUCCACCAAGAGUGGACUGGACCACAAGUUUCAAGAUGACCCAGACGGCCUUCAUCAACUGGAUGGAACUCCUUUAACUGCUGAAGACAUCGUCCAUAAGAUUGCCACCAGGAUUUAUGAGGAGAACGACAGAGGAGUGUUUGACAAAAUUGUUUCUAAACUGCUGAAUCUUGGCCUGAUCACUGAAAGCCAGGCACAUACUCUGGAAGAUGAAGUAGCAGAAGCUUUACAAAAACUGAUUUCAAAAGAGGCCAACAAUUAUGAGGAGACCCUGGAUAAACCCACAAGCAGGACCGAGAAUCAGGAUGGGAAAAUACCAGAGAAAGUGACUCCGGUGGCAGCAGUCCAAGAUGGCUUCACUAACCGUGAAAACGAUGAGACGGUGUCUAACACCUUGACCUUGUCCAAUGGCUUGGAAAGGAGAACUAACCCCCACAGGGAAGACGACUUUGAGGAACUCCAGUAUUUCCCCAACUUCUAUGCACUACUGACAAGCAUCGACUCAGAAAAAGAAGCAAAAGAGAAAGAAACCCUGAUCACCAUCAUGAAGACAUUGAUUGACUUCGUGAAAAUGAUGGUGAAAUACGGUACGAUAUCUCCAGAGGAAGGCGUGUCCUACCUUGAAAACUUGGAUGAAACAAUUGCUCUGCAGACCAAGAACAAGCUAGAAAAAAAUACUACUGAUAGCAAAAGUAAGCUAUUCCCAGCUCCACCAGAGAAGAGUCAGGAAGAAACAGACAGUACCAAGGAAGAAGCCGCCAAGAUGGAAAAGGAAUACGGAAGCCUAAAAGACUCUACAAAAGAUGAUAACUCCAACCUAGGAGGAAAGACAGAUGAAGCCACAGGGAAGACAGAAGCCUACUUGGAAGCCAUUAGAAAAAACAUCGAAUGGCUGAAGAAACAUAACAAGAAGGGCAACAAAGAAGAUUACGACCUUUCAAAGAUGAGGGACUUUAUCAACCAACAAGCUGACGCUUAUGUGGAGAAGGGCAUCCUCGACAAGGAAGAAGCCAACGCCAUCAAACGCAUCUACAGCAGCCUGUGAAAAUGGCGGGCAGCUUGAGCCUUCCUGUUGUUCCAGCAAAAACAAUAUAGCUUACAAACUAAUUCGGCGGUUAAAGGGUUACCAGCCCAGAAGUAUUAGGAUGUGCUGAAUUUAUAGUAGUUAAUCCCUUAGAAAUGAGUAAAAUAGAGCUCUCUUGCCAUAAAUACCUUAUGAAAAGCAAAGCUGUAGAGAAGCCGAGGUUUUUCUAUAUAGAAUCCUUAUUUCCUCUUGAAUUUACAUUUUGUAAUCAGAGAUGUGCUGCUCUGGAAAAGACUCUAAUGGGUUGAACAUAAGUCUGAACCUACUCCCCACUGUCCUCAGCCCCCUGAAGCUCUGAGAGGCCCUGUCUCGGCAUGCUAGACACCUGAGCACCUCACUGGAUGUUUGUCAUAGGAUGUCGUUUCCACUAGUCGAUCUCUGUUGGGCACGGAAAUAAACCCACGUCUCUUCAUAUCCUUGA